AUGGACCAAAAAAGGAGUUUUAUCUAUUUCAUUGAGGCCCAAACACUCGGUUGCUUGUUUGGUUGUGUUGUACAAGGGAUACUACCAAAAAAGCUCCUAGGUUGUUCACAAGCAAAAAGUCUCAUAGGUUGUUCACAAGCAACAACUUUUUUCUUUUCAAUUUGUUUUUCUUCGUUUAAAGCUAAAGACUCGAGUAAAUGAAUAGCAAGAUCAUUAUUAAGAGAUUUAAAUUCUUUCCAUUCUUUACUGACUAAGAAGCUUUGCCUAUUAGCAGAAAGGAAAUUGACACAGGCCUGUUGA